GACUAUUCUUCAGCCGUGGGUGAAGUGUAUCGAUUGAUCGGAAUAGACACUCUGGAGAUGGAUCGGAUUAGGGAAAAAGCCCGCGAAAAAGGGAUCCGUGGCUCGAAUGGAGGAACUCUCAUGUGGCUACGGGAAGGAGAAGGUACUAUGAUUAUUAGCGAGGCUAGUUAGUAAAGUUGAUGAAAAACCUACAAUCUAACUCACGCUCCAUUAUUUGUGGCUAUUUGUUCAAGAUGUUGUAGUAGAAGGAGUCCUCUCGGCAAGAACUUCAUCAUUUGAUUUCAAGAUGUAGCCCUCUCGACAAGAACUUCAACUCGACAACUUUAUAUGGCAACCUUAAAACGUUAUUUUAGCAAAACGUUAAAAGUUGAUUUUUUGAAAUAGCCGACUAGGUUCCUAAGAAGUCAAUUUUUAACGUUUUGCUAAAAUAACGUUUUAAGACUGCCAUACUUUAACUACAGAUGAUAUACCAGUUGCUAUCUUAUCCGAUGCAGAAUUGGAGAUGGCUUUAGCAAGUUGUGCAAAAGCGAAGGAGACUCCGAGAUUCUGGUUUCAAAGGAAGAAAAAUGAAUGAGAAGCCUGAAGAAAGUUCUAGUAUCCUCAAUAUAUAAAGUCAAAGGAAGAAAAAUGAAUGAGAAGCCUGACGACCACGACCAUCAUGUCUCCGUCACGAGGGGGAAAAUAGAUGAAUAUGUUGGCAGAUGACUUGUUAAAACAGGACCUGGGCCGCCAGGUCAAGAACAAGAUGGGGCACUUCGUCUAACUAUAAUAUGCUGUAUGUACAUUUCAACUUCGU